AUGUCCACUGCCGCCGCCAACCCUAUCGCGGCGUUCUUCGCCUCGGUGUGGCUUCAGAUCCUGACCGUCUGGCACACCGGCUUGAUGUUCAUCCCUUGGGUCCGUCCGCACUGGGGCCUCAAUGACAUGGCCGACCAGCGGGGACGUGUCAUCGUGAUCACGGGCGGAAACAGUGGUACAGGAUACGCAACUGCUUUGGCUUACUACUCUCGCGGCGCGCGCGUCCUCAUCCUCUGCCGAUCGGCGGAGCGCGCCGCUAAGGCCAUUGCCGAUCUCAAACGCGGCGGUGUCGCCAACGUCCUCUCUGAAAUGGAGUACACCCCAGUAAACGAGGAGCGUGUCGGCACGCUCGAGCACAUCCCAUGCGACCUGGCCGACCUCCACUCUGUCGAUGAGGCUGCACGCAUGAUUGCUGAGCGCGUGGACCGCGUCGAUGUGCUCUUCGCCAACGCCGGAGUUAUGGGGAUGAAUGGGCGCACGAAGCAAGGCUAUCCCCUCCAGUUUGGCACUAACGUACUCGGACACCAGCGCCUCAUGGCCCACCUCCUCCCCCUCCUCCGCACACCACGACCCCGGCCCGCACGUAUCAUCUCCCUCGCCUCUGCCACACACAUUCAGGCUCCUCCGGGUGGCAUUGACUAUGCCGGCCUCGACAGCGGAGCUGAUCGUAAUGUGUGGCUCGAGUACAGCGAGAGCAAGUGGGCCAUCAUCGCGCUUGCCAAGUACGUACACGCGCACUACGGGCCGACUUGCAAGGACGGGGUUUGCAGCGUCCCUGCUCCCGGAGAGAUCAUCUCCAUUGCCGUGCAUCCGGGCCUAGUGUCUACCAACCUGUUCAUGCACCUCCAGACUGCAAAGUGGUUGAGCUACACGUUCACUUGGCUGCUCAAGCUCGUCUUGUGCACGGCAACUAUCGGCUCUCUCAACCAGAUUUGGGCCGCUGAGGUCGCGGAUCCCAUUGCCCGCGAGCUCAGUGGCGGGUAUGUUUGGUGUUUCCAGGAGCGAGGAAGGGAGCGGGUCGAUCUCGAGGCUGAGGCUGGGACUGCAGCAGGGGAGACGGUGUGGGCAUGGUGCGAGGCGCAGGCUGCUCGCCAUGAGUAG